GCAGUCGCGCCGUUGGGUUCCUGUUACACGAUGCGAAUCCAGCACUGGCGCCCCAGUCAUAGGGGAACGGUGGUGGGGGAAGAGUUACGUUUCACGUGACACGUUGGCGCCUUGGUGGUAGGGAUCGAUCGUGGGGUCACGUGACCGUAUGGCGCCGAGGUGGUGGGGAUCGAUCGGGGGGUCACGUGACCGUAUGGCGCCGAAGUGGUGGGGACGCACCUACCACCCCUUCGGUUUGGAGCGAACCGGCAAGACAGGAGGACUGCCGGCAUUCUGACCUGGUAAGUCGCCAGUGUCGGAUCGUGAGAACAGUGUUUGUGAGAGGCUAGGCUCGCUACGCAGGACAUUUAAAUCGACCGUGAGCAGACGUUGGUUCUAAAGAAAACGGUUUCUCCGCGUACACCGGCCGCCAGCUUAUCGCGACAAUUGUGGACAUAACUCGCGAUCGACUCCGGCCGCGACACUAACCGACGAAACACGAACAAGGCCGAAUAAUACGCUUAUUUAUUAGAAUCCUACGUCCCACGAUCCUUCGAACGAUUACUCUUUAUUCAUUCGUUAGUGUGCAGCCGCGGCUCGUUCGUGUGUCUUUUUUUUCUCACUUGGCUCGAGAGACGAAAAGUACGAGAAACGAAAUAGAAAAAAAAAAAGAAAGAAGCGAUACGAGCCGACAAUUACGUCAAACAAGCGAGAAGAGGGAAGUCGAAAGGAAGACAGUGGUGUUGUGCAUGAAGGAAGAAAACCCCGUACCGACGUCUCUGAAUAUUUUUUACACCGUUGCCUUCAUCUCGUGUCGUACAAUAUUGUUUUCGCGUAAACGGCCUUUACGUGAGUGAUAUUUCGGAGUCAUCGUCCGAAACCAAGGUCUCUCUUGUUGGUACAUGUAUCUAUAUACCCGCAAAUACGGUACACACGUGUAUGUAUGUUAUUUAGUGAAGUGUUGAGUGGCCCGGUCGCGCGUCUCUCUUCUCGUGCGGAUUCGUGUGAACUUCUGUCUGUAUCUUUACGAUCGAUUCGUGCAUGCUCUGUCUGGUCGCGGCAGCGAAAAACGGUUUGGCAACGUGGCACGUGAAUAAAGUGACACCACGACGGCGACGGCGACGAUCACGAGGACGGCGGUGAGACGAAGUAACGGAAAUAACGAACGUGAAAGAAACAAAAUACAGCCGAUCUGACGGCGUCCCGUCGGAAUUGGCAGAACCGGUGGAUCGUUCGUUCGCGUUAGUCGAAUAGGAGGCUGUGCGGCCGUGACGUGACGUUAUUCUAGAGGUUAGAAAACGCCACGGGUACCAUGGAUUUGCUUUGCUGCGAAACAACCGAGUCGGAGUGCAGAGCGUACGCCGAUCCAGCUCUACUCGGUGACGACCGUGUCUUGCAAAAUCUGCUGAAAACCGAGGAGAGAUAUGCGCCUAGCAGUUCUUACUUCGAGUGCGUGCAGAGGGACAUCUCGCCGCUCAUGCGCAAGAUCGUCGCGGAGUGGAUGUUGGAGGUAUGCGAGGAACAGAAAUGCCAGGACGAGGUCUUUCCCCUUUCGAUGAACUACGUCGACAGGUUCCUUUCGAUCUGCCCGAUCAGGAAGUCGCAACUGCAGCUGCUAGGAACUGCUUGUCUUCUUCUCGCCUCGAAACUCCGGGAACCAUCGCCACUCACCGCUGAGGUGCUCGUUUUCUACACGGAUAAUUCUAUCACCAUGGAUGACUUGUGGAGGUGGGAACAACUGGUCGUCUCGAAGCUGAAAUGGGAAUUAUCCGCGGUGACACCAGGUGACUUCCUGAUGCAUAUCCUGAGCAGACUGCCCGUGCCAGGUAGCUGGGACCCGGUGAUGGUCAGGAGGCACGCGCAGACCUUCAUCGCCCUCAGCGCCAGAGAGUACAAAUUCUCGAUGUACACGCCUAGCAUGAUCGCGGCGGCGAGCGUCGCGGCGGCCCUUCACGGUCUCGAUUGGACUGGGAAAAGCGGCUACGGGCUGGCCGGCCUCCUCGACGAGCUUACCCGCAUCACGGCUAUCGAACAGGACUAUCUUCAGGGUUGCCUGGAGCAGAUCGAAGAGAUGGUCUCGGAAGCGGUGGGAGCGGAUGGCAGCGGAAACAGCCACCAAGUAUCCGGCAUGUCGAUCUCGACGCCGCAGAAACCUCUGGGGGACGACAUGACCAGCCAGGAGAAGAUCCUGGAACACGAGAAGGCGGGCACUCCGACCGACGUGAGGGACGUCCAUUUUUGAGAGACGCCGCUGAGGGAAACUCUGGCCAGGGUGACUCUCUGCUAAUGGAGACCGAAGAGCCAGCGUUAGCCAGCAGCGACGAGGACGCUGACGGACCUACGGCGAAUAAACGAUUCAAGAAAAACGAAGACGAUACAUCGAAUCGAGCGGACGUUACAGAAGACUCUUGAAAGAGAUAACCGAUUGAAUUGUGCUCGUAAACCGAUUGUUCAUCUUCGUUCGAAUAAAGAAAAUGGUCCCCAGAAGAGAGUUAUCCUGGCGAAGCCCUCACCGGAAUGCGUUCUCGAUUGUCAACGGGAUGUUAUGAACAUUUUUGUUACACCGAUCGGUGAUCAUCGAGUCGGAAGACUCUUAAGCCAAGGGACCCCUAAUGCGAUUAUCUUUUUAGUCUCGAGAUCUACGAAUUGUGUACGUAGUUUUUUAAACCGGGAAGCGAACGACUGCUGAAACUGAUCCGGAACAAUUUUGCUUCCCGCGUGCGAGAAAUCAGUUGUUUUUACACGUGGAACGGUCGGACGGCGUAAACGAGUUAUUUUGUUAUUUAGUUGUUACGCGUUUUUAUUCGAAAGAUGCGGCCGAUCCUCGCGGUCGGUAUCGGUUUUUUUUUGUUCUCUUCAGAGACACGCGUUGUCUCGAAUCACGAUCUUAUAGUUUACACAGACUUCUUUUUGUCAUGUUCGUUUCGAAUAUAGAGAUGCGCGAAGGGAGAGUGCGAAACUUGUUGAAUUUUCUUCGUUCGAGCGUUGAUCGACCCUCUGUUUCUUUGUAAUUAAUUCGAGAUUUCUCGGAGAGAAUUCAAAACUGACAGGGUGAGACCUGAUGAACUCAGGUUAAUUUAACUCUCCGAGCGAUUGCGACGUUAAACAGAGACCAUUGUAAAAGUUAACGUUGAUUCGCUUUGCAAUUGAAAUUACAGAGGGUCGAUGAUUGAUCGGUGAUUUAUUGUAAAAAUGAACAAGUGAAAUUUCGCGAAGAGAUACAAAAAGGAAGUUGGUCAAAAUCUAAGGUCAAACUUAAAAUUAAAAAAAAUUGAAUAGUAUAAAAAAGAAUGAUGGGAUGAAUUGUAAAUGAUUGUAAAUCGUUUCGAAAAUGCGUCUCUUUAAGGAGAACCCUGUGCACGUGAAAAUCGCGAAUGAUUUUCUUUAUUGCACGAAGUUCAGCGACCACGAGAUGAAGAACGAAGAACGAAGAUAUAUCAGCAAGACGGGGAAUUAGCUGAAGAGACCGGAAGGCGGCGUGCUGUUGGGGGAAGGCAAUGCAAUACGCUUUACGCAUCUAUUUCGUAAUAGAAUUAUACACUUAAUUUUUAGCCGGACGACGAACCACACCAGAGAAUGUUAUAACGUGAAUUUAAAAUUAAAAAAAAAAAGAAGGAGAAGAAAAGUGGAAGAGGAACACGCGGAUUAUAACUCCUCUGUGAGACUAAACAAGAUAGGGAUAUAUUAAUGAGAGAAUCGGGAAAGAAAGGGAAGAAAUGCACAUAGUCAUGUCGAGUCACUUAGUGUUUUGUACAUAGGUAUACAUAGGAAGAAAAUGAGUAUAUAUAUACAUAUAUAUAUAUAUGGUACACGAAAUGUGUCUGUGUGUGAGCGUGUGAGUGCGUGUGUGAGGGAGAGACACAUGGUGUAGAGAAGAAAAGUGCGGAUUAAGAUUGGGUAUGAAUUAAGACUAGUUUAUAUUACACGUUCAGACAUUGGAUUGUAUUUUUAUUUCUACUAUUUCCCAAUCAUUCUAUGAUAUUAUUUUUAAUUAGAUAAGUGUGUAGAAAAAUUCCUAAAAAAGUAGACUUUCGUUAUAUUGCUAUGUAGGGGACUGUAGAGGGGGAGAAGAAGUUGAAGCAGGGCUGUAGAAAUGGAAAAUUUAUCAAACUUCCAAGCUCUUAUUUAGAGGAAGAAGAGAGAUAGAAGUAUAUCAUUUUCAUAGAUAAUUAAAAAUUAUAAUAUAAUUGAAAAUCCCUGUGGAAAUCAAAUCACUCACAUGGCAAUAUAACGAGUGUCUACUGUAACACAUAUAAUAAUUUCCUAUGGAAAUUUAAAUGUCACGCAAAUAUUCAUGUAAACCUGUUGAAGGUAAUGGAAUGCAAAGUUCCAUACAAUUUUAUAGAAAACUAUAAGUCCAUGUCUGAACCUAUAAUAUAAAUCUAUCUUUAUUAUUGCGUACACGUAUGCAUGUGUAAUAGAAACGGUGUUUUAGAUCGAUAGAAUGUAGUUCCCUUUUUUGUAUUUACGCUAUGUUAAUUGUUUAUCCAAAUGAGUUAUCCCGAGGGCUGUGGCGCGACCCGUAGCGUACUCCAUUCGGUUCCUAAGAUCGGUUGUGCCAGCCCACAAUGCGCGACUAAACGCGACGUGUGGAUGUGUGGAUGUGUGGGUAUGUGUACGCUCUUGUGUGUCAGUUUUAUCGUCUUGUGAAAACGGGGAUGAAGGAUACUGUAAAGAGUUGGUUUUGAAAUUACCAAUCAAUUGAUACAGUUGAAUAGGAACAUUGUUUUUCCUUUAAAUUCAAUUUUAUUCUUUAAAUAGAAAUCAAUGCUUGUUUCAUAAGAACAGUUUUCGAUCAUUUCUGCUAAAAUAUUUAUUACCGAAACAUGAUUUUACUGUUUAAUUAGUUUCUUUUUUAAUAGUAUUUAUUUCAUCUUUGUAUGAUUAAUAUUUUGAUUGCCAUGGUGGAAUAAUUAUUAACAUAAAAGAAUAAGGUAAACUUUAACCCUUGAACAACAAACUUACAAAGCACAUGUAAAUGUUUAAUUAUUAAACUAAAUAGUUUCAUUUUUAAAAGAGCUGAAAAAAUAUGGAAUACAAAAUUAAAUUUAAAUUGAGGCUCUCUCCAUGGUCCGUCGUCCAAGGGUUAAAUAAUUCUAGGAUUAUACCAAUAAUGCAAAGUACCAAUUUAAAGUAUAUAUUUGAAAAUUAACCAACAAUCUCCUUAAUAAUUACAUUCUUAAUAUGUCUGACUACAUAUUAUGACCUUUUCUACUGUUGCAGUCAAUGUGUUAAACUUCUCUACCAUUUUCAACAUUCAAAAUUAUUUUCAAAGCCUGAAUUUCUUAUUCAAACCUGUUCUUAUUAAAACAAACUUCUAUUUCCAUUUGAACAAAUUUUUCUAAAAUCGGUAUUUAAAGCAAAUUGCAGAAAUUGUACUGUUUGAUCAUCAAACAGUUUGAUAAAAUUUCUGUACCAAAUUGAUCGAUCAAAAAACCUAAUGAACCAAUUAUUUCUUCAAAACCAAUUUUUUACACGGGCUCUUUUUCCCCAAUAUUCGCGGUUGUACAUAUGUAGGUAAGCUAUACGAGGCGUACGAUCAAGAGUAAUCCACGUAGUCCGUGUAAGAUAAUGCGACGAUUAAGGUGGCAGAUAAAGAAAAUCGAGAACCGAGAGAUAAAGAACGUAACAAGGGAGCUUAAUCGCGAAACAAAAGCGGACGUUUUCGAGAAAUAAAAUACAACUUCUUCGGUGCUGUGAUUGAUGUAUCGUUCAGGCGUAUUUCUACUACUUUCAGAGCUCCUUUAAAACAUUUGUAUUUAAAAAAAGAAAAAUCAUUCACGUUCUAAAAUUGCUCUAUUCGCACACAGUUACUCGGGUUUAUUUAUGUUAAUUUUAAUCGCGAAUUACGAUGAGUUUUACGAUGUAAGAGCCGCUCGACGGAGAGUCGAGGACUAAUAGUACAAAGUCGAAAUACAUAACGUAAUUAGGCCAAAGUAGUUUGAAUAAAUAUACGAAUAUAAUUUCGUGAAAAUUAAUUACAUUCGAUGAAUGUUCAAACACUGCCCGAAUAAAAAAAGAAGAAACUCGAAGUUGAGAAAAAUAAUCGGAGUAUGAGGAUCGAAAUAAAAAAAAGUUUCAUCAAAUCUUUAUUCAUCUAAUCCUUUUCGCAAACAGUCUUUGAAAGAAGUUUCUAACCCAAAGUCACAAAAAGUUACGCCAAAAAUCAAACCUCCAGCACCGAGAGAGUUUCCGCCUCCACUGCUAUCGUUCGAUCAGUUUAUACUACUGCAUUUAUAUAAUCGUACCUAUAAAUCCUGACAGUGAAACAUUUAACCGUAUAUCCGUCUGUCUAGAUCGCAAAAUAAUUAUACAGUAGAUUAAUAUGCAUAUAACAAAAAUAUGAAAGGAGACAGUUAUCGAACGACAGAGGUCGAGGCAACGUCCAAGCAUCAUCCAAAAGAAAAUAUAUAUAUUAACUCAAUAGUACUUAAAAAAAAACGUCGAUAGUGCGUGAGAGAGAGAGAGAGAUAGAGAGAGAGUGAAAGAGAGGACGAAAUUCGGAAAACACGUGUUUUGAUCUUUUUUUAGAUUUUUUUGGAAAAAGAUAACCGUGUUUUUCGUCCGAUCGAAACCGCAUUCCGAUUAACAAAUGGGAGAUGUCCCAGUGCCACAAAGCGAACUAGUUUAGUAGCAUACUCUUCAGUAACCAAAUCUUAGUACAACGUAGCAGAUCGAGUAAUAUAAACGUACGAUAAUGCCGGCUGGUACGCGUGGCUGACCAUUCACUUACUUCUACCACUAGCAGUAGUAGUAGCCGUUCUUCAGGAGGUCCUACGUGCACGCACCUGUGUAUUUCUUUUAAUCUUGCAUCGUUUUCUAGACACCCGUGGUGUGAUCAGGCUUCCCUAGAGAAAAUGGGAUUUGAUAGAAGAUAUUUUGAGUUUUUUUUUCCAUGCAAUACUUCCACGGUUAUUGUUGCCAGUUUCUGCUUUAAAGAGAAAUUGAAAAUCUACUUCUUUUGAUUCAUGCUUUUUUAUUUUUUAUUGAUACUUUGAAUGUUGUGGAAGGUUAACGAAGGGUUGGUUGCAAGAACCGGGUAGCUACAUUUUUUAUAGGAAUUGAAAUUCUAUUAUAUGUUUGAGAAACAAUUUUUUAAACAAUUUGUUCUUAUAAAGUUAAUAAAACUGGAGAUGUCUGGUUCUGACAUCCAACCCCUUCAAUUGCACCUGAUAUGAGUUUAAUAUAAUUGAAUAAUUUUUCAAUUUUAACCCUCAAUUGAUAUGUAAAACAACAUUGCAAAGAACAAUUAAUUCUGAUGGAAUAUUUGAACCUUUUCAAUUUAUAUGGUAAAACAAAAUUAAUUAGUUCCGAUGGAAUAUAUUUGGAGUUUUUAAAUUUACAUUAUUCAAAAUAAUUUUUUUCUUAAUUAUUCAAUUAUAUUUCAUUUGUGAUCACCUCAUGCCAUUCAAUGUGUUAAGGGACAAUGAGAAUUUUAAUAGAGAAUUCAAAGAAUUUAUUUGAGAUUUUAUAUAUACUCGUUUGCGUUUUUUUAUUUAGAUUUACGUUUGCACUUCUUUCUUCAUUUUGAAAGAUCUUGAUUCUUUUUCUAUUUAUUUAUUUGAACAGGCAUUUUUGAUACAAGUUUCUUAUCUAUUCAUUUUAUAUUUGUAUCUUUGUUUCAGAGCCUUAUUAAUUAUUCACAGUUGUACAUUUAGAUUCGCUUUUUCAGUCUUCAUUAAUUAAUAGACAUAUUUCGAAAUAGGGUGAACAAAAGAAAACAGACUAUCGAAUUUCUCUAUUUUAAAGAGUGGAAAUGUCAUUUGGUAGAAGGAACUCGAUGGGGAGCCUAGACUUGCAAACCUUGUUCCUAAUCAUUAUUUCGCCUCGGUUUUUAGCUUUAUAAGAGCACCACGAGCUUGCGACACACCCUUGUAAACUUGCGAACAAAAAGAAGUUGUAAUCAACGUCACAGCGAUCCUUUAGUUAUUACAGAACACACGCGUUUUACACACUUUUUUCCCUGUUCGAUGCAAGCAUUCUUGAAUUUUUUCGACACGAAAUUUUAUAUAAAAUCAACCCUGAAAUGAAAUUCGUGUCGAAAGAGUUGAAGUUAAUUCACUGCCAGAAAUUCACACAAAAUGCACCUACGUUUUUUUUUUAAAGCUCGCAUUGAUUUGUUAUUGUUGUUGUUAUUGUACCAGUCGUUUGUUCCCCAGAUUAGUUGGAUGCAAAGCAGCGCAAUAAAAAUACCACUGAUAUACCUCAGGCACCGCGUACACCGCUCGGAAACAGCAUGCGUAGUUUUUAAAGCGAAAAAAAGAAGAAAAAAUAUGAAAGGGUUGAUGAUGAUGAUGAUGAUGAUGAUGAACGAAAAUGAUGGAAGCAACCACACUUAUAUGCGUUACUUUUUAAACCUAGCACGUAAAAUGCAUCAUUUUUAAUCGGUAGAUGCGCGAAACGUUUGUACCGAGGAACGGUACGGCGAAUCUUUGUACAUAUCCCGUGCGUGGUGUGACGCACACUCGAUUGAAAAAUAAAGUAUUGGUAUUUUAUACAGUCA